AAGCAGUCGCCAGAUUUGACUGGGAACAUGAACUGCAGUGACAUAAUAUGUAAAGUUAUCUGUUUGCUGCAAAUUAUAUGUUAUUAUCAAAUAUUUGGGGGAGAAAAGAACUGCAGAGAGUUGAGAAAUGGAGUUUUCAGCAUCAGAUGAUCAAAUUCAGAAGCCUCAUGCAGUGUGCAUACCUUUCCCAGCUCAAGGUCAUGUGAGCCCUAUGCUUAAACUAGCCAUGCUUCUUCACCAUAAAGGUUUUCACAUAACAUUUGUCAACACUGAGUUUAACCACAGACGCUUGCUCAAGUCUAGAGGUUCUGACUCUCUUGAUGGCCUGCCUGGCUUUUGCUUCGAAACCAUCCCUGAUGGUCUGCCUCCCUCGGACGAAAAUGCCACUCAGGAUCCCCUGUCCUUGUGCAUGUCAACACAGAGAAAUUGCUUAGUCCCGUUGCUUGAGUUACUAGAAAAGCUCAAUUGUUCGUCUAGUUCUAGGCCACCAGUCAGUUGUGUAAUACAAGAUGGAAUCAUGAGCUUUGCUAUUGAGGCUGCGGAAAAGAUUGGUGUUCCUUCUGUGUGUUUUCGGACUUCACCAGCUACUAUCUUGUUGUUGAAUAAGCACUACAGACAACUUGAAGAAAAAGGCCUUCUACCAUCAAAAGAUGGAAGUUCUUUAAAGGAUCAGAUGAACAACACAAUAAACUGGAUUCCCGGAAUUAAGAGUAUCCAGAUAAAAGAUAUUCCAAGUUUUUUUCACACAACUGAUCCCAAUGAUCAAAUGGUUGAGUUUGAAAUAACUGAAACAGAAAGAUGCACCGCGGCCUCAGCUAUAAUCUUCAAUUCUUAUGAUAGUCUGGAGUCGGAUGUUCUACGUGCCCUCUCGCCAAUUUGUCCUCCAAUCUAUACCAUAGGCCCUCUUCAGUUGCUAGUCAACCAACUUCCACGAAGCCCCUUGAAGUCCCUCGGAUCAAACCUGUGGAAAGAAGAUGCAGAUUGUCUAAAGUGGCUUGACACCAGGCAAGCAGAUUCUGUAAUCUAUGUGAAUUAUGGCAGUGUCACAGUUAUGACACCUGAAAAUCUAGUCGAAUUUGCAUGGGGGCUUGCUAGUAGCAACCAAAACUUCUUGUUUGUCAUUAGGCCUGAUUUGGUUGUUGGCAAUACUGCAAUAUUGCCUAAAGAAUUUCUUGAGGAAACCAAAGAUCGAGGGCUUAUAACCGGAUGGUGUCCACAAGGACAAGUUCUCAGUCACCGAGCUGUUGGUGGAUUUUUGACACACUGCGGAUGGAAUUCCAUGACAGAAAGCCUAAUCAAUGGAGUCCCUUUGCUCUGUUGGCCAUUUUUUGCUGAUCAACCUACUAACUGCAAGCUGGCUUGCAACGACUGGGGCGUUGGCGUCGAGAUUGAAAAGACUGUCAGGAGAAAUGAAGUGGCCAUGCAUGUUAGGGAAUUGAUGCAAGGAGAGAAAGGCAAGGUCAUGAGGAAGAAUGCAAUGGAGUGGAAGAGAAAAGCAGAGGAGGCUGUGGGAUUAGAUGGUUCUUCGACCACAAAUCUGGAAAAAUUAGUGAAAGAGGUCUUACUGUCAAACCAUAAAAAUUUGUAAUUUAUAAAUCUUAGAGAAAUGCAUCAAAAUAUUAUUCACA